GCGUGUGUCAGUAGUGAAACGGCGACUGUAGAGCAAGAGAACGGGAACUGAUCGCCUCCAGAUACACAAAGGGACAUUACGAUUCAGCAUCAGCAACUAUGGGCAUCAAACUGUAUUACACCACCGUCACUGCAUCAAGAGAGGUCAAGUCUCAGCAGGCGGAGGUCAUGCGUAUUCUGGACAGUAAGAGCAUCAAGUAUGAGUUGAUUGACAUCUCGGUGGGCGGUGCAGUUCGGGAUGAGAUGAGGAGUAAAUCAGGCAACCCCACAGCAAUCCCACCUCAGAUAUUUAAUGAAGACCAGUACUGUGGGAACUACGAGAUGUUUUCUGAGGCAGUGGAGGCAGAUACAGUGGAUCAGUUUCUGAAGAUUGCAUGAGAGCCAAACCUGGUAGCAUCCAACAUCCUCUUCUCUUCCCUGGUCCAUGUCCACAUUCCCAAAGGGAGGCCUGCCUGUUCCCAUCGCUCCGCUGGCGGUGCCUGCCUUAUAUGUCUCAAUGCCAUGCCAUAUGCCAAAAACAAUCAACAGAAAAGCACAUUCUCACUCUGAUAUUUACCCUCAAUCUGAGACACGGUCACUCAUUUACACCUUUGUGCUUUUGUUUUGAUUAUCUCGUUUAUUUCCUGUCUUGCUUCCGACGCUUAAACGCCACUAAUUUGUCUUAAUCUUGUUUGCAUCAGAGCGCUUGGAUGUGUAGUAAUUAGGUCAACUAAUCUGGGCUGCAACCCCACGUUUAUUCCAGAUUGAACUAAUUCACAGUCCAAGAAAUAGUCCGGUAAUUGAAUCACUUUGCCAAUUUGCAUAGAUGGCCUUCUUAUAUUCCCAUCUAUUGUACUGAGAAAUCAUUUGGAAAUAGGGAACAAUUCGCAGGCUGAACUUUUAUUGUGUUGGUACCUUAAAAACACGCCCUAAUCUCCAACAUGAUGAUGUGAACUGGCUUUAUUGGAUUCUCUAUUAAGCACACUGCUUUGUAUGCUCUCGGAUUUCCAUUUAACAUUCCCGAAUUCAGGGAUUGAAAAAACGUUAAACUGUGCCAAUACAUUGCUGUAUGUGUUUUUCCAUAAGCAUAUUCCUCUAUCUUUGAGCUGUGGGUACAAACGUUGGUCUGGAGUCUGUAAUAUCUGUCGAUUUACAGCAAAACACGUCUUGGUCAUAACAAAUCAUAUUUUGCAAAUCAUCACAGUUAAACACAAUCUCUAACAUAAUGAAUAUUGUUUUAUUAAGAGUGCUUUUGUCCAAAUUAUUUUUAUGCAAACAAGUGAUGAUUUUAAUGACUAUUAUACACACACAUACCACUGUUUAAACACUCAAAUUUAAUUUACAUUUAUUGUUUUUUUGCAUUUCUAUAAUGAUAAUUGUGCUCAAUUGCAAAAUGGAAGAACAAGUAUGCAAAAUAUAAUUUAGCUCCUUUUGAUUUUUCAGUGAAAUAUGACCCAGACUCAUUUCUUUAGAUGCGACGAUACUUGCAGAAAAGGUUAAUAAUGACAACAGUCUGCUUAACUCCAACACAUUCCUGUUAUACCACAGAAUUUCAUCUCAUUUUAUACUGGUAAUGCACUAAAUGUUGGUGUAAAUGUCAUCUAGUAGCCGAAUCAGUAUGUACAUGCUCUUCCAUUGAGUUCAUUGGAGGUUGUAGCAUUGACAUUUCCAGUAAGUUAGGCUCUAUCGUGUUUUGUUGGUCAUAUUGGUACUUAAUUUAUACUGUACACUUGGCACAGUCGUAAUGAGUCGUGGUCCCACAUCUUAUUAUUGAAUUGAAUCUGGCAUCUGUAAUGUCUGCUGCUUCCAGUUAGUCAUAUUUACAGUGUUCUUUGCGGGCGAGACUGAGGAUGUGGGACCUGCUCGCACAGACAGCUGGCUCAUAAAAACGAUUGUGAAUUUUCCUCUGUCGUUAUUGUUUGUAACGAUUUCUUGUGGUCUCUUUGUGCUGUACUGCUUUGCUAUUGGACCAACGCCCUUUUUGGCCAAAAUAAAAGAAUGAUAAUUAGGGAAAGAAAUGUUGUUGUCUUCCAAGAAGAUGGUGAAAUUGUGAUGUGUGUAGGUCAAAUAAAAACUGCAACAAAUAA